AUGAUAUUUGCAUUUGACGAGACAAUUAUUCACAAAUCCUCCCCCAAGGUCCAACGCUUCCCCGCGAUACAAUCUUCUCGACGAGCCUGUCCUUGUGCUUGCUCCAGCACGUCUCUUGGCUGUUUCCUUCAUGCUCAGUCGGUGGCGUGUCGUCCUCCUGUCAUGUUGCCUUCAUUCCCCGCCGCUCUUUACGUCUCGCUCGUUCUUUCUGCCUUCAGCGUGUUCGCGGAGAAACAUACUAUCAGGUUUGAUAACAGGUGCGGAUAUGGAACUCCUCAACUGAUCCAGAAGGGAAUUAUCUUGUCGCGUGGAGAGCCAUUCACUUCGAAUGGACCUUUCUGGGCUGGCGUUGCAUAUCUGCAAACAGGAAACUGCUUACUGAAUGGCGAAGGAUGCACCUUAGUUGAGAUGUCGUUAGCCAAUCCCGCGUGCCCUGGGUGUGGAUCAAGCGCGGACAUUUCGCUCAUUCCUCCGCUUGGGUUCUCGGUUCCAACAACAUUCAGCUAUUAUGGAGGCUGCGACGGACAAGGAGCUACGUGUUCUUCCGCGAAAUGUCCAACUGCAUUCUUUGUUCCGGACGACAACCACGUUCAAGUUCAGUGCCAGGAGAACGACGCCAAUUUACUCAUUACAUUUUGUGACGGCGCUUCUGGGGCAGCUUCCACGUCCAAGGUUAUAGCCCCUGUCCCCACGCAACCGACACCUCAGCCAACCGCUAACCAGAUUGCUGCCACGAAGACGAUGUCUUCCGCGAUGCCAGCCACGGCUACGGCUCUUGGAACCAAUGUGCCGCAGUGCGCUCGAGGCAGAGAUCGAUUCCACCGGCGCCAUAGUCUUUCCAGCCUCGUCCGCGAACACAAACACUCCAGGGGUCGCAGGGUCCAUUGA